AUGAUUAAGCGGUUCCAGAAACCGAAAAUUAUAAAUAAUGAGGAAUCCAUAGGCAAAUUCGAAGUACGAAAAGAAUCGGAAAUAGAAAUUUUAAAUGAUGACUGUUUAAAUUACAUAUUUGGUUUUCUUCAAAUAGAAGAUAAAGUGAAGAUAGAACGAGUAUGUAAACGUUGGCAGGAAGUGAGUAAGAAUUCAUGGAAAAAUAUCAAAACUUUGAAUGAGAAUGUCAACGUUUGGGGGUUUAAUCCAUGUAUAAGAUCGCCGGAAGAAUUAACGUUGAUUUUUGAAAAGGUAUUGCAGCGGUGUGGACAUACACUGACGCACGUCGAUUUUUCUUUUCUCAGCGUACAAAAUAAUGCUUUGCAUCACGUUGCGAUAAUGUGUCCCAAUUUGCAAUCACUUAAUGUUGGGAAAUUGAAUUUGACGAUUCCGCUCGUUGAGAUCAUGACAGCUAAUUGUCAAAAUAUAAAAGAAAUUACAUUUACAACAUGCUCUGAAGAAUGUAAUGACUACCAAUUGUCUAAAUUUUUCUCAGUAAAUAAGAAACUUCGUUACUUAAAAAUUACUAACAAUGAAAACUUGACUGGCAAGUUUUUAGAAAGUUUACCAAGAGAUUCUAUGCAAACAAUCAUUAUGAAUGACUGUACUAAAGUUACAUCUCAUAAUAUCGCUCAAUUUAUUGCGAAUUUUGAAAAUCUGCGAACGCUAUCAUUCACGGAAAAUCAAUAUUUGACAUUUGAUGACUCAACAGCUAUAAUAGUUUCUUUAUCUAAAAAUAUCGUGGAGUUAAGGCUUGGUGCACUUCUAAAGUUGAAUACAAAUGCUACCAGCUCGUUGACGAAUCUUCAGAUACUGGAUGUUACUAAUAGUGAAGAUAUAUCCAAUACUUUUUUAACAGUACUGGCAAAAAAUUGGUGUACUCAAAUAACUGAUGCUGGUAUUAACGAAAUCAGCCGCCUGCCAAAACUGGAAGAAUUGUAUAUUAAAAAUUUGAACAACGUCACGGAUCAAUCUUUAAAAUACCUGCCAAAAUUAAAAAGGUUAUCAUGUGCCUCUAGUGGUAAAAUAAGAGAUGACGGUUUAUGCACGCUGAUAUCAUCGUGCGAUUCAAUUGAAUUGUUAGAUUGUAAGCAUUUGGACAGCGAAAGCGUUAAUGACAAAUCACCACUUUUAGACUUGCUUUUACCAUCAACUAAUAGUUCUGGUUCAAAUUGGUAUUUUCAUGACUAUGGAUUUCAUACUUAUAACGACGAUGACGAUUAA